CGCGCACGCGCGCGCGCGCACACAUGCCUGUAUAUAUACACAGAAUUUUCCAUGUACGAAUAGUUUGGCUGGCUGGCUGGCUUCCCACUCAAUCUCUCUGCCGAACUCUCAGAGCGAUUUCUGUGGCUCUGUGACCAAACAUGAGUCUCUCUGUUGCACAGGGUUUCACCAAGUCGCUGGCCAUGACGGUGCUAUCUGAGAUUGGCGAUAAGACGUUUUUCGCCGCCGCGAUCUUGGCAAUGCGUCACCCUAGGAGACUUGUCCUGUCAGGUUGCCUGACAGCUUUGAUUGUGAUGACUAUUCUUUCUGCCAUUGUUGGCUGGGCUGCUCCAAAUCUGAUUUCUCGUAGAUGGACUCAUCACAUAACAACAUUGGUGUUUCUGGGGUUUGGUCUAUGGUCUUUGUGGGAUGCAGUUAAAGGAGAAGGAGAGACUGAAGAAUUGGCUGAAGUUGAAGCAAAAUUGAAUUCUGCUGAUUGGAAAGCAAAUAACGGCACUGCAAAAGAGGGUAGCAAGGAUGAUGAUGAUUUGAAAAAGCAAAGGCGGCAAAUUUUCACUCAGUUUGUCUCACCCAUCUUUCUUAAGGCAUUCUCCAUUACUUUCUUUGGUGAAUGGGGUGAUAAAAGUCAGCUUGCUACCAUCGGUUUGGCUGCAGAUGAGAACCCAUUUGGGGUUGUCCUUGGUGGAAUCUUAGGACAGGCCUUGUGUACUACUGCUGCGGUCCUGGGUGGAAAGAGCUUGGCAACUCAGAUAUCUGAGAAAAUUGUUGCAUUUUCAGGUGGUGUUCUUUUCAUAGUUUUUGGAAUCCAAUCAUUUCUCUCGACUGUUUCAUGAUGUGUGACUGUAUUACAUUGCUAAUG